UAUUUUCCCAUCAUGCUGCGACUCAACCUGCUGCAACUCGUCCUGCUGCGACUCGUCCUGCUGCGACUCCUCCUGCUGCGACUCGAACUGCUGCGACUCGAACUGCCGCGAGACUCGUCCUGCUGCAACUCCUCCUGCUGCGACUCGAACUGCUGCGACUCGUCCUGCUGCGACUCCUCCUGCUGCGACUCGAACUGCUGCGACUCGUCCUGCUGCGACUCCUCCUGCUGCGACUCGAACUGCUGCGACUCGAACUGCCGCGAGACUCAUCCUGCUGCGACUCCUCCUGCUGCGACUCGAACUGCCGCGAGACUCGUCCUGCUGCGACUCCUCCUGCUGCGACUCCUCCUGCUGCGACUCGAACUGCCGCGAGACUCGUCCUGCUGCGACUCCUCCUGCUGCUACUCGUCCUGCUGCGACUCGUCCUGCUGCGACUCCUCCUGCUGCGACUCGAACUGCUGCGACUCGAACUGCCGCGAGACAUCCUGCUGCGACUCCUCCUGCUGCGACUCCUCCUGCUGCGACUCGAACUGCUGCGACUCGUCCUGCUGCGACUCAACCUGCUGCGACUCGAACUGCUGCGACUCGUCCUGCUGCGACUCCUCCUGCUGCGACUCGAACUGCUGCGACUCGUCCUGCUGCGACUCAACCUGCUGCGACUCCUCCUGCUGCGACUCGUCCUGCUGCGACUCCUCCUGCUGCGACUCCUCCUGCUGCGACUCGAACUGCUGCGACUCGUCCUGCUGCGACUCCUCCUGCUGCGACUCGAACUGCUGCGACUCGAACUGCCGCGAGACUCAUCCUGCUGCGACUCCUCCUGCUGCGACUCGAACUGCCACGAGACUCGUCCUGCUGCGACUCCUCCUGCUGCGACUCCUCCUGCUGCGACUCGAACUGCCGCGAGACUCGUCCUGCUGCGACUCCUCCUGCUGCUACUCGUCCUGCUGCGACUCGUCCUGCUACACGUCCUGCUGCGACUCCUCCUGCUGCGACUCCUCCUGCUGCGACUCGAACUGCUGCGACUCGUCCUGCUGCGACUCAACCUGCUGCGACUCGAACUGCUGCGACUCGUCCUGCUGCGACUCCUCCUGCUGCGACUCGAACUGCUGCGACUCGUCCUGCUGCGACUCAACCUGCUGCGACUCCUCCUGCUGCGACUCGUCCUGCUGCGACUCCUCCUGCUGCGACUCGUCCUGCUGCGGCGACUCCUGCUGCGACUCGAACUGCCGGGAGACUCGUCCUGCUGCG